AUGGCCCGCCGUGCGCUGUCCGCCGAAGAUACGACAUCAAGGAACGGCAACCUGCCUGCCCGACCAAGGUGCUCAGCUAAGAGCAAAGCUUCCGCAGAACGGAAGACGGCGACCGCUGCCAAAGGCCGGAGGACGUCUUCCGUGGAAAGUUACCGUUCCGAGGCGCUGCCAAGGGGCAUCAUCAAGCUUCCUCGCAAGCGACGCGGUUCGUCGCCCGCACCGUCUGAGAAGACGGUGCGCUUCGACCUCCCAUCCGCGAGCUCAUCGAGCAGCGGUGACGACCGUCGGCACAAGAGGCGUCGCCACCGGUCGCGCAGCUCCCCCGGCGGUGACGGCCACGGACGUCGCUCGAAACGCUGGCCGUCGCACAGCGGAAGCGGUGCCAGAGAGCGAGCCAGCCGCGCACCCUCCGUGCGGACGCCCCGGGCCAGCACCCGACCACGCAGCUCGAGCAGGGCUCGCGGGCGCCGUCGGUCAAGUGCGAGCACGUCGUCAAGCAGCAGUAGCGACAGACGUCGCCAUUCGCCGAGCAGAUCGUCGAGCCACAGGCACCCAAGCGGCGGGCGAACAAGGAGCCAUCACCCGAACCGGCGCGCCAACGGGUGGUCAGCGAGCCCGUCUUCGAGCAGCAGUGGUGGCACGAGGCGUCGUAGCAUCAAACGGCAUCGCAGGCCAAGGAGCACGUCGUCCUCCCGCAGCAGCAGCAGGGAGGAAAGAACGAAGCGCAAUGCGAACAGGCAUCGCCGGUAA